AUGGCGGCAGUACCCGUCGCUGUUGAGCCGGCCAGGCUCGAAGACGCCCCCGCCAUCGCCGAAAUUUUCUUCAAGUCCUUCAAUAGUGACUUCUUUCAGACCUUGUUCCCGCAAAAUGAAUACGGCCGGGCCUACAUUACCGACGCCUACAAGCAGUUCAUGCUCUCGAAGGAGCACGGUUCUCAAGAAGGUCAAGUUGCCGUUGUUAGGAACGAGAAAGCUGUCCCGUUCAAGGCGAGCCAGUAG